AUGCAUGAAUGUUGUAAUCGAAGACAGCUGCUCUUUGCAGUUUUUUAUUGGCUUUUGUUGUCUCUUGGUUGGGAUAAACUCAGACGUUGGUUGUUGUUGUGUAAGAAAGUUUUGAAAGCUGCAAUUGUUGAACUUUCGAGGAAAAACUCCAAGGGACAUAAUUUAUACACUUACCAUGUUUGA